AUGGCUUCGAAGGUCUCCUGUUUAUACGUUUUGACCGUGGUGUGCUGGGCCAGCGCUCUCUGGUACUUGAGUAUAACUCGACCUACUUCCUCCUACACUGGCUCCAAGCCAUUCAGCCAUCUGACGGUUGCAAGGAAAAACUUCACCUUUGGCAACAUAAGAACUCGACCUAUAAACCCCCAUUCUUUUGAAUUUCUGAUAAAUGAGCCCAACAAAUGUGAGAAAAACAUUCCUUUCCUCGUCAUCCUCAUCAGCACCACCCACAAAGAGUUCGAUGCCCGCCAGGCGAUCCGGGAGACCUGGGGGGACGAGAACAACUUCAAAGGGAUCAAGAUAGCCACCCUGUUCCUCCUGGGCAAGAACGCCGAUCCUGUUCUCAACCAGAUGGUGGAGCAAGAGAGCCAAAUCUUUCACGACAUCAUCGUGGAGGACUUCAUUGAUUCCUACCAUAACCUUACCCUCAAAACCUUGAUGGGGAUGAGAUGGGUGGCCACUUUUUGUUCGAAAGCCAAGUAUGUCAUGAAAACAGACAGUGACAUUUUUGUCAACAUGGACAACCUUAUUUACAAACUAUUAAAACCCUCCACCAAGCCACGAAGAAGGUAUUUUACUGGCUAUGUCAUCAAUGGAGGGCCCAUCCGAGAUGUCCGCAGUAAGUGGUAUAUGCCCAGGGAUUUGUACCCUGACAGCAACUACCCGCCCUUCUGUUCGGGGACCGGCUAUAUCUUUUCAGCUGAUGUGGCUGAGCUCAUUUACAAGACCUCACUCCACACCAGGCUGCUUCACCUGGAGGAUGUGUAUGUGGGACUGUGUCUUCGAAAGCUGGGCAUCCAUCCUUUCCAGAACAGUGGCUUCAAUCACUGGAAAAUGGCCUAUAGUUUGUGUAGGUACCGCCGAGUGAUCACCGUGCAUCAGAUCUCUCCAGAGGAAAUGCACAGAAUCUGGAAUGACAUGUCAAGCAAGAAACAUCUCAGAUGUUAG